AUGGCUUUCAGUCUGGCUUCUCAUGGAUGUCAGGUCACGCCUUUUGAUACGGAAACUGGGUCAGCAGCGUUGCUCAACAUCCUUGGACUGGAUCUAGAGUCAACAAUUUACCAGGAAGAGGCAAAAGCUAUUACAUGUACUCUCGGUGGAUUCAUUGUCUGGAGAAAAAUAUCUCUGAAGAGCUUUCUCACAUUGUACAAGCAAAAUUCGGCCAGCGUGGAUGCCAAGAGCACGAUAAGCAUGGAUUACGGUCAUACCCUGGCGACUGUUUGGGAGAUAACUUUAAGUCAACUCUUGGGAAGCAGCAAGGUCCUUCAUAUGGUUUUGUCUUUUCUAGAUUCUGACUGUAUACAUGAGUCAAUCUUGAAAGAUGGCGCGCUUCAAAUAAUUGACCCCACUUUGGAGUUUAUUGCGGACGAGAUAGAUUUCCUGGAUGCCCAAGAAGUCCUUCUUCAAGGAGCUCUUAUUCAAAAAGCAGGCGAGAACGAAAUCAUAUCUAUGCAUCGACUGAUACAACGUGCAGUCAUUCGACGAAUGAGUGCUCAAGAACGAAAGAACAUGGUUUCCCUUGCAGUUGCGAUCCUCGCGGCAAACUUUCCAAAUACGUACAUUGCCGACGUUGGCCACCAGGUCGCCUCAUGGACCUAUUGUGAGAGGAGCUUACCACAUAUUGAAAGUAUGAACUGCUUCUUCGAUGUUCUUGCGCUGAAGAGCUUCAACAGUAAAGAUACUCUUGCAUACGCUAGUGCAACUGAUCUUCGAGGUUUGAUCAAUCUUGACAUCCGCCACCCUGCAGCUGCUCUGGAAGACUUUGAACAUGCAUACAAAAUACGCACAGAAUUACUUGCCGAGAACGACUCGUUCCUAGCCGCCAGUCAUGUUAAUAUAGGCCUUGCAUUCACAGAACUGGGCGAGCUGGAAAAGGCUAGAGACCAUCUUCAGCGGACAUUUGACAUUCGAUUAUUGCACAACAGCGAUAGAAUUGGAAACUCAUACAGUAAUAUGGCCAGCUUGCUACUGAGAAUGGGAAAGCCCGACGAGGCAGAAGUGAUGCUGAAGAGGUGUCCAUCACUAAAAGACUUUUCAGAUGAGAAAUUUCUCAAGACCGGAAAUCCAAGAUUCUCUGGGGAUAUGGUUCUCCUCAGCAGGAUUAGAUUCGCACAAGGGUUUUUCAAUGAAGCACUCAGAUUCGCUUCCAAAGCCCUGAGUUUUCGGAUAGAAUACCUGGGUGAGCGUCUCAAAGUUUGUGACUCCCUUUAUCAGGUAGCUGUCAUUCUUCAUAAAGGGGGAAACAUGGGACUAGCACAGCAACUUCUUGAAGAGUGCAUCAAGAUAUCAGAAGGACUACCCCAAGUUGAGGGUAUAGGACAUCUAGCUCAGGCAAACUACAGGCUAUCGCAGGUAUUGGCAGAUAACAGGAAAAACAAAGAAAGCGCAAAGCGUCUUGAGAUGGCAGUUGUGCUUAGAAGAGACUUCAAGAGUCUUGAUGGAGAUUACGCUCUUGUGAAUGGGGCUGCAUCUGACUUUGAGGACCUUAUCCCGUGGAUGCUAUGGUAA